UUCUUCAAUUUUAGUCGUGUUGACAGUUGAAUAUGGCAUUUAUUAGAAGUUCUGAAGUUUAAGCUUGUAAUAAGUUAUUACUUCAAUUUAGUUGAGACUUAGUUAAAUGCAAACUAUAUUCUAUAGCUUUUAAAUUAAACUUAAAAAGUGUAAAACGUUUGUGUGUUUACUUUUUAACCUUACAAGUGUGCACAAUGGGGAUCAAAGGGUUUUUCUUGUUUUUAAAAACCAAGUACCCUGAAAUUUGCCAAUCAGUAGAAACCGAGGCGAAAGGUGAGAAGGCCCUGAAAACUGAACGAGAUGGUUGUGAUAAUUUGUACAUUGACAUGAAUGAGAUUGUGCACAAGUGCACCCGUGGGAGUAAAAAAAAGACGGAGCCAUUUAUGGUUAAGUCCAUGUUCAAAACAGUUGAAAGAAUUCUUUCUGUUGCCCGCCCACAAAAAUUGUUAUUCCUGGCAUUCGAUGGAGUGGCGCCAAGGGCAAAAAUGUAUCAGCAGCGGCUUCGUCGGUUCGGUCGAACUAACAUAAAAAGUGAUCAAUAUGACGGAAACAACAUCACCCCAGGUACGGCGUUCAUGACUCGUCUGUCUAAAUGUUUUCACCAUUAUGUCCAUCGUGUGUUGAGAGAAGAUGCUCAAUUUGACAAUGUGUCAAUAAUUGUUUCUGACGCAAAUGUCCCUGGUGAAGGGGAACAUAAGAUAACGGAAUUCAUCAGUCAACAGCGAAAACCGGCUAGCCACGAAUGUAAAACAAGACAUGUGAUUUAUGGUGGCGACGCUGAUUUGAUUCUCCUCGCGUUGGCUACUCACGAGCCUAAUUUCAAAAUCCUGCGUGAAGAUUCCCAGCACUUCACUUUUGUUCAAGUUCAUGUUUUGAGGGAAUCUAUUGCCAGAGAAUUUUCAGUGCCCAACUUCCCAUUUCAAUAUGACUUGGAGAGAAUUGUGGAUGACUGGGUCUUCCUUUGUCUGUUACUGGGGAAUGAUUUUCUUCCUCAACUGGACGCAUUGAACAAACUGGACAAUUUGCUAACCAAUCUGGUCCGUUUCUGUAAAAAAGUCUACAGAUCUUCAAAGGGAUAUCUAACGGAUAGUGGAUCAAUCAACUGGGACCGAGUCAAGAUAAUUCUACAUGAACUUUCCCUAGCUAAAGAAAACAAUUUUAAAAAGCCGACUCCCACGAAAGGUGGAAAAAGACUCAAAGGAAACGGAGAAAAUCUUGUUCCCAUCACAACUACCGAACCUCAAGCAGGACCAUCGACCCGUGAAGAGACAUUGCAGUUGGAACCCCAACCAGGGUCCUCGAGCAGUGAGGUGGACGCAGAUACCAUACCUCCGAUAGUAGCAGUGAAACGCCGGUGGGACUAUGAUUCGUCGCAGAAAGUCGUUGGAUUCAAAGAGCAUUACAAGCUAAAUCGCUCCAAUCCAGAGAUUCAAUCGGCGGUUGCCCUUGAGUAUGCCAAAGGAUUAAUCUGGGUUCUGCAAUACUACUAUCGGGGUGUCCCAUCCUGGAAAUGGUACUAUCCUUUCAACUACUCUCCUUUGCCAUCGGAUUUCGAACAUGUUACAUCGUUUGACACCGAAUUUGAAAUGGACACGCACCCGUUGCGUCCUCUUGAACAAUUACUUUGUGUCGUACCUCCUUGGAACUCUUGGCUGCUUCCAGAUUCCUGGGCAAUGUUGAUGACGGAUCCGGAAUCCUGCUUGGCCGAGUAUUUCGCAAAAUCGCUGAAGGACGCAACUUUACCUUUGGACGAAGACCGAGUAAAGAUUGCAGUGAAAGACCUCGACAAAAAAUUAACGGCCGAAGAAAAACGAAGAAAUGUAGUUGGGCAGAACCAAAUAUUCGUGGGUAAGCUUCACAAAGGGUACGACUUCUUACGAGGGGUUUCCGGAAAAAUUGAGUGUGGAGAAAACUUGGAAGCGCACAAGAUGCAGCCCUCCUACUUUGGUGGCAUUUCUGGAUUAGUUCUUGCAGCAGAAAAUUGCGUCGGUGCUGGGGAAACUCUAGAACGUCCGGUGCAUUGGCUUGAGCCCCUCAAAGACUGCCACGUUGUUUGUUUGAACUAUCGAAAUCCACAGCCGGAUGAACAAGAUGUAAAAUCUGCUGCUCUUCGGCUGAACAAUGAAGUCGUAGCUUCAACCCCGAUCUUGGUGUCGAGCCAGAGCCAGCUCUCUGAUGAGAUUCAUCAUCCUGAAGCGGGAGGUUCUAGCCAAUGUGGUACAACGAAUUUAGUGGUCUCUACCGUUGACGAAAAGAGCGUUGACGAAAACUAAGGUUUUGUUGUAUGGUCGUUUUACUCGGUUUUAAUUCGUCACUAUCACGCGUUAUCUUCCUGAAAACGUUUCCGUCCUCCUCCUCGUUCUCAAUCGCAGUGUUAAAUUUUCCGUCAAAGCUCAUUCCCUUUUCUUAUCACUAAACAAAUUUUAAAUAUCGACCAAUUGGUACCUAGCGCAUAAUUGUACACUUUCGAAUUUUUUAUGUAAAAUUACGGGUUGUUAGCUGACAGCAUCUCCUUCCUUUAAGUACUGGUGCAUGGUUGGUGUAGAAACCGAAAAAAUUUGAACAAAAAAAGACAGUUGAUGAUAAUAGGCUACUGGUUCCUUCUGUUCGCUUCUCUUCCCCGGAUGCUCUUGAUCUAUAACUUACGGAAUACUGAUUACGGUAUCCGCGUUACAUUGUUUAAUUUUCAUUUUUGUUUUUGUUUAUUUUUCAAUGCGUGAAGGCCACAGAAUUUUUGAUUGCUAUACGUCGACUGCUAUAAUAUGUCAUGAUUUCAUUCUAUUUGAAGUUGCACUCUUUUCUCUUAGAAAAAAAAUAAGAAAUUCUGCUGUAACUUUUUGCUUCAAAUCAAAUUCUUCUCCAUUCUAUUUGUCUUAUGGAUUGCCUUACGGAUUUUCUUAAUAUAUCCUAAAAUAAAUCCUUAAACAAGA